AUGGAGGCUUGUCUCCUGCCUCCACCGCCCUUUCCCCCUUCCCUCCGACUGCCAGUCUACCUCGGUGGACCAUCACUGACCCCCUGCACGGCAAGCGAGGUGCAUCUGCCGCCGUUGUGGUCCUCGCCGAGCGAUCGAUGGAGUCCUCACAUCGGGACGCCGGGCUCUCACAUCGGGGCCGUUCAGGCUCCCGCCUCCUCCCUUUCUUCGUGCUCGGAGACGGCGGUUUCUUUCCUCCCCGCGCCGGCGCUGCCCACUUCUAUGGAGAGCACUUUCCCGUCACCUCGGCCGCCGUCAACACCAUCCUCCUCGACGCCACCGUCGUCCCCCGUGCCACCACCGUCGGCAAGGUCGCCUACCGUUCCAGCACCAGCAGAUGCCGAUGAUGAUGAUCAGGGUGGAGGUUCUGGCCAAGAAGCUGGCGGCGGGAAUGGCGAAGAUGAAGCCGGCGGUGGUGAUGACUCCAAUGGUCAUGGUGAUGAGCAAGAUGGUGAUUACUCCAGCGAUGUGCAGCGACGGGAUGUCCCUCGACAUGAGUCUGCUGAUGGUUCAGAGAUACAUGACGAGCACCAUGUCAUUAUUACUGGAGAAGAACCACCUGUUUCGCCUGUUCCAAGGGAACCACCUGUUGCGCAUCAUUUGGAAUAG